UCGGCGCGCAGGCGGCAACCGACUUUCUUCAGCUCUCGCGAGAUUUCGUCUUCCCGGAAGCGCCCGAGGACGCUCCCUGUGGAUGGCUCCGCGAUGUGUGGGGACUGUGUGGAGAAGGAAUAUCCCAAUCGGGGUAACACUUGUCUGGAGAAUGGAUCUUUCUUGCUGAACUUUACAGGUUGUGCAGUGUGCAGUAAGCGGGAUUUUAUGCUGAUCACAAACAAAUCUUUGAGAGAGGAAGAUGGAGAAGAAAUAGUUACCUAUGAUCGCCAUAGCAGAGAGCUGGAAGGGAAGAGGAGUAGCCAGGACUCAAACUGGCCCACAUGGGAUGCCAGCACUGCAGGCGGCGGCUUUAUCCACUACACCACAGCACCAGCCCCAGCAGAUCUGUGUAAGAAUUGUCAUCAUGUAAUAGCCAAACAUGAGUAUACCUUCAGUAUCAUGGAUGAAUUUCAGGAGUACACCAUGCUGUGCAUGUUAUGUGGCAAAGCUGAAGACACCAUCAGUAUUCUCCCUGACGAUCCCCGACAAAUGACCUUGUUAUUCUGAGGACCCUUCUGCAGUUCUGUUGUGACUGUGUUGGGCUGGUUUGCAAUACAGCAGAUGUACUGGUUUGUCUUAGCUAGUUUAUAAUGAAAACCCUUUGCAUGUUUUUUUUUUUUUUUUUUUUCCCUUCUCUUCUUAGUUUUUUGGUGAGAAAAAGUACUUGGAGGGCUUGCUGCUCCCUGGAGCUGAGCUUCCCUGCUGAAGUCUCCAGUUCCCAUUGGUGCAGCCAGAGAGAGACUUCCUUGUGGGCAGUUACACAGCCAGAGAAUACCCAGAGUGGACAUACACUUAUUCUAGGUCUCAGGUUCAGAAAGGAAUCAGGGCCUCUUGGAAUGAUGGCUGAUUCUAGGACUUGAGCAGGAAGUAAACCAGAUGAGUCUAGAACAUUUUGUGCCGCCUCCCCCACCAAAAAAAGAAAAAAAAAAAAAGCAGUGCUAAACAAAUGACAGUGAUUGGUGGUGUGUCAGGAGAGGAGCCAAUUGAAGGCCUCCAGUCACCAAAACUAUCUAACUAUGAGGCAUGGCAUACUAGUGAAUUGAAUUUAAUUGUUUGUGCUUGGUCAAACAAUUUGGGCAAUAAAAUAAAGUAGUAUUGGAUUUUU